AUGCAUCCACGUAAACAUAAAGAUCGAUGGUAUGAAACUCUUCGUAUAUGUUGUCUAUGUGAUUUAAAAAUAAAAACUGGUAAAAAAACGUCUGUUCGUGUUAAAACGAGACGUGCAGAGCAAAAAUUAAUGCGAGGCUACUACUAUUAUUAUAAUGAAGAAAUUGAACAUUCAAUAAUUAAUACAUACGUUCAUCGAAAAUGUUAUGAAAAAUUUUAUAGUUUACCGUGUAAUUUUCCAAUAAUAACAUCAGAUAACGAUAAUACACUUCCAGAACAUAAUCUUGACAAUAACUAUCAAAAUAGUUUUGAUGAAUUGUGUAAAUGGCUAUGGUUAACAUUAGAAAGUGGAACCUAUUUAACAAUGAAUGAAAUUAUUGAUGAAUAUGAAAUGAUAUUAAAACAAUAUGAUGAACCAAUUACAGAAUUUAAAUUAAAAUCAGUUUAUCAACGUUUAUCUGACAAAUAUAAAAGUAAUUUAAAGUUUGAAAAUGUGACACUUGAUAAUCAUUCUUUAAUGAUCCCGGUCGUAUGA